GGCAGGGAGAUGCCGCUUGAGGAUGGGGACACGGCGAGGCGGAGGGGACAGCAGGUCAACGGUGAGGUCAACGGGACCCCCAACUCCAGGGGGAUGGGGGACCCCCCUCCCCGGGGCAUGCCGGCUCCCGACAGCAGCAGGAUGGAGACGAUGGUGGAGGACAGGGAGCCAAGGCCAGCGCUGGGUGACAGGGACGUGACCCCCCGGGGGGGCCUGCAACGAGUUGGGCAGGAACCGGAGCAGCGUGAGGAAGCCCUGAUGGCCGAGCUCUCGGAGCUGGUGCAGAAGGUGGUGAAGAGCAGCAGCUGGUGGGACCGGCACGGUGUGGACAUCAGCAUCCUUGCCUUCAGCUUCCUCCUGCUCCCAGCAGGGUUCCUGUGCCUGCGGUCAGCCCAGGCCAUCCCUUUCCUGGCGGGUGUCCUCACCCUCGGCGUGGUGCAUCACACCCUGACCGUGAAGGGCAGCCACCUGGCCAGCCACAACGCCUUGACUGAGUCCAAGUCCUGGGGCAAAGUGUGGGCCAUCUUCUUCAUCGAGCUCUGUUCAGCUUUCACAGCUGAGCAGGCCACCUACAACCACGUGAAGAUCCACCAUGGCUACACCAACGUCAUCGGCCUGGGGGACUCCAGCACCUGGAAGCUUCCUUUCCUGAACCGCUACGUCUAUAUGUUCAUUGCGCCGCUCGCAGUGCCCAUCAUAACACCUCUGGUUGCUCUUGAUUUGUUGAGGAACGUGGAGUGGAAAGCAGUUCUCCGGACCCUCUGCUGUAUGUUUCUCGGUCUUUACUGCCAUUACUGGCUGCUGCUCCACGUCUCUGGCUUCCAGUCGCCGUGGUCUGCCCUGCUCUGCAUGCUGCUCACCCGCUCCCUCCUGGCCCAUCCCUACAUCCACGUCAACAUAUUCCAGCACAUCGGCCUCCCCAUGUUCGCGGCUGAUCGUAAACCCAAGAGGAUCCACCUCAUGAGCCUGGGUGUCCUCAACCUGCCCCGCAACGCCCUGCUCGACUGGUCCUUUGGCCACUCGCUCAUCAGCUGCCACGUGGAGCAUCACCUCUUCCCCAACCUCUCCGACAACAUGUGCCUGAAGAUCAAACCCAUCGUCUCCCAGUACCUGAAGCAGAAGAAGCUGCCCUACAAUGAGGACACCUAUGCCUCCAGGCUCCGGCUCUUCCUGGAGAGAUACGAGGAGCUGAUGGUCCACGCUCCCCCCAUAACGGAGCUGGUGGGCAUCCAGUGAGGACGGGGCCCCACGACUUGGGGACCCUGCAGGGCACUUGCAGCAGGGAUGGUGUCAGCAGGACUGGGGGACACACACCUCCAUAAAGCCAUCACAGAGGAAACAUCUCUCCUCGAUGCCUUGCUUUUGGCUAAAUCAUGGCACAUGGAGCCACUGCGGGAGGAGAGAUGGACGGUGCAAAGCCGAGGACAGAAAAAGGGGUCUGCCCCCACCAGUUACUCCAGCCAGGGCUUAGUUUUAUCCACUUUGCUUUCACGCUUGGGGAGAGGAACCCCUGGUCUGCUGGCUGGGACCUCCCUGCAGCAGGUCUGGGGGGACGCGGCUGGGGACAUGGCACCUUGUCCAGGGCAUCCAGAGCUGGUUCCUGGCUGAGAGGUGCCAGGAUCUGUAGGAUGGGGCUGCAAAUGUGUGGUCAGGGGCUCAGGGAAGGGGUGGAUCGUGGGGGAUGGGGGCUGUUUCACUGCUGCCUGCGCUUUGCCUGACUUUGGGGUAAAUAAUUCCCUUCUAGGAACAAUGACUGGGUAAAUUCAGCCUUAACAUGUUGAAGCGGAUCUUCUUUAUUAUUAUGGAGUUUUGUUGCUGGAGGAAGUCAUACUGGUAUCCCGUGGUGCCCAAGGCAGGGCUGAGGGAAAGACCCUCAUCCUGUGUUGGGUGUCUGUAUUGGGGUGCUGGAGGUGACCCCGGACCCGAUCGUUGCUCUUGCAAGAGUUUAGCAGGAGAAUCAGCUGCUGGAGGCAGGUGGGUCUCCAGGGCUUGGGAGACUUUCCCUGUUUAGGGCAGAUGAACUCAGCCUGCUGAGCUGCUGCCAGUGGGUGGGAUGCUCACGUGGCCGGUUCCAACCCCUCUGGGACGCCGUCCCUGGCUUUCUUCAACACCCUGCUGUCCCAAACCUGCCAAGACCGAUGACAAAGUCCAGCCCAGCAUCACGGUGGGGAGCUGGCAGCAGAAAAGGCAACCGGCCCGACUGGGACCAGGUUGGGAGUCAGUGCUGGCCCUGGGCUUUGCAAAGCUUUGCUCUGAGCCUGGGGUUUUGCUCCCUGAUUUGUGCUGCCCCCCAACCUGGGCUGGACCCCCCCAGCCCCACAGCAGGGAUUUAUGGGGCUCCACACUGCAAGUAUGUCCUGGGGUACAGGGAUGUUCUGCCCUGCUCCUGGCUGGGGCAGGGUGAGGGUUGCAGCGGGCAGCCCCUGCUGUUUGCCCUCCUGUGGGCAUCACGUACCCCUUUCUCCUUCACCAAGUGUGGGGACAUCCUCGGAGCCACUGGAGAGGUGUCCCCACUGUGACAUGGGGCCGGAGCUGGGAUGACCACCACGGUGUGUCCCUGUGUAGCAGAUCCAGACGUGGGGGCAGGGAAGGCUGGCCCUGGAUCCAUCCAGGGUGACCCCUUUGGAUCAGAAACAGGGAAUUACUGAUUUAUCCCGGACCCGGGUGAUGCUGAUGCCCUGGGCUGGUGGCAUUGCUGUGUCAUCUCUAACCGGCCCCAUGUGGGUUUAUCGAUCCAGGACAUUGUGAAACAUCCAAAGGGCAAAUUCUCGUCCUUUGAGCGUGGGUUACUCUGGGUCCAUGGGUGGGAGGGAAGCUGGGGGAGGGUGGCUGGACCAAAUGGCCCAAGUGCUCCUGUGGUCAUCGGGGCCUGGGGGUGGCAGGGACCCUCCCCAAAGCUGCCCUCCUACCCCAACAGUAAGUUCUUAACUGAGCAUCAGGGCUAAAUUAUGCCAAAUGUGCCAAAUUGAUGAGGCUCCUGGCUCCAGCAAGGGCAGUGUGUGUGUGUGUGUGAGGAUGCACUAGGGGUGCUUUUGGUUCAGAUUGGGUAAUCUCAGCCUGACGUGUCCCCGCCUGGAGGGAGCACAGGGUGGGCACAAAAUGCUCUUUCUCCUCCUCUGUUACAAGGAGAUCAGUCCCAAACUGUUCCUAAGUGUUGGGGGAGGGACAGCUGGAUUGAUUCUGUGAUUUCAUGGCUGUUGUUUAGUGCAGUGCCAUCUAAAGGCAACGCAGGCCCAACAGCCAGCAGGAGGUGGGUUGUGAUUUGGGAAAUAUGUGGGUUAUUUCCUGUCAAAAGUGGCAGAUACAGCAGAGGUUAAUGGGGAAAAGGGAGAUUUCUGGGGAAAGGAGAAGAUUUCCAACCUGUGCUCAAGAACCCUCCAAAUUUCCCUCCCGAGUAAUGCCCCAAAUAUAAAUUUUAGUCUUUUUGUGGAUGAUAUCAAUACUGAUAUUUGGAACUGAACCUCCAGCCUUGCCUCUUUGGGCAAUGCCGUGGUGAUGGCCAUAUUGUGAUGAGGCUGGGGACUUGGAGCAGAGGCACAGGCUUGAAAGCAGCAGGAAAUCCUGGUCCUUGCUGCAAACGCCCUGGAGGUGCGGGUGCAGACGGAGGCAUAUGGCCAGCUGGUUCUCAGCAUGCCCGUGCAGAAAGCCAUGAGCCAAUUUUCAAGAAUGUGCGAGAAAGCGUCUGGGUUUUAU